GGUACGCGGUUGGUCUGCGUAUCGGGGCUCGUAGACAGACAUCUGAUUUUGGUGCAGGACUAGAAAAAAGAGUGGCCACAAGGAGAAGGUGCGUUUCAGGGUUUUUGUAACUGUUGUAGUCUGGCAGCCCCACUUGUCCUCUGGACCUUCUUCGUUCACCUUUGUCACUGGACAAACUAAGGGCUCCUCAUUGUUGGUGCAAGCCAAAGUUCAUUCUUGAUGCGGAUGAACUUGUUUUGUUGAAGCUCUUGCAGUUUGACACAGGAAGUUAGUUGACGUGUUAAAUGCAAGGUGCUAUGCAAAGUGACAGUCAGCGUCAGCCCGGAAGCGUUCACCAAAGUGUUGGUUUACCUACGAGUGGCAAUACGACCACAUGGGAAACACCCAGCCAUGCCUUGUCUGCUUCCUCCACGAUGCAGCAACAGCAGCAACAGCAGCAGGCGUCUGAUGCACCAUAUGCAGCUGCAAGCAGUCCAGCUAUGUCAAUGAGUACAGCCAAUAGCUCUCCGCCAACACCUAUGUCGCACGGGCCACCGUCCAAUGCACCGACCAACGACCAACAUGGACAGCAGCAUGUUCUCGGUGGCCCGAUGAUGCAUGAUACUCCAAUGGGUAGUGGUGGUAACAGCUCUAUGGAUAUGCACAAUCAUCAAGGCUAUGAUGAGAAAGUGAAUGUGAAUGCCGCGCAAGUAGCAGGUGUUGGUGGCGAUCUGCAUGGUCAGCCGUACGAUGACAAACUGGCUGGUGAUGGCCAGCAAUACGCCGGCGACAAGCUAUGCCUGGUCUGUGGAGACGACGCACUGGGACGGCACUUUGGCGUCCUUACUUGUGAAGCGUGCAAGUCAUUCUUUCGACGAAGUGUGCGACAGUCCGCGCAGUACUUCUGCCGAUACAAUCGCAACUGUGCUGUGCAGAAGAAUAAUCGAAAUAAAUGCCAGUACUGUCGUUACCAGAAGUGUGUUGCUGUGGGCAUGCAGAUCGAUGCUGUUCAAGACGUGCGGACGCCAAUCAAGCCUCUUCGUGAUGGUGUUCCCGUAGGUGGCCCGAUGGGCGGUAUGGGGCAGUCACCUCUGACCGGAGCAACGGCUGUCAACCCGCACUACUACUCGCAGCAACCGCCCAUGCUUUACCAGAACAUGCAGUGGAAUCCGACCAGCAUGCAACCUGCUAGCAUGCAGGCAACGGGCAUGCCUCCACCGCAGUCCCCUCAACAGCAGCAGCUGCAGCAACAACAACAGACAUCACAGCAAGCAGCGCAAGCAGCACAGCCGCAAGGCGGUGUGAUGCCGCAGAGCAGUGCUGUCGUCCAGAUGCUGGAACAGCCCACACCUUUGCCUAUCCCAUCUCCAUCGGGCGGCGGCCCUGCUCCACAGCGUAUUAUUUCCUUGCCCAUACUCCUGCAAGCUGAGCGUGCUUGGCCUGGCGAGCAGCCCAUACCGCUGGAUAACACUAUCACUCAAAACUCCGGCAACUUCGACGAUGUUAUAAAGUCUACUCGUGAUCAGCUGUACUUUGCCAUCGAGUGGGCCAAAAUGGUGCCACCCUUCACGGAGCUGACCAUUGAAGAUCAGGUAAGCGUACUGAAGAGCGUUUGGAACGAGCUUCUGACCCUUCGGCUUGCCUUCCGGCCAUCUCCUGUUGAAGAUGCUCUCCUCCUUGGUACCGGCAAGCUACUCUUCCGUGACAAGGGUGAUCCUGAAAUGAUGCGAAUUGUUGGCCGCUUCCUGGAUGAGAUCGUUACGCCGUGCAAGAUGAUGAACCUGGAAAUGGCUGAGCUGGUGUGCAUGAAGGCUCUGGUGCUCUUCAACCCCGACUGUCCCAAGAUCCUUCAGAGAACUCGCGUUGAGCGCAUUCAAGAACAAUGCAUGGAGAUGCUUGGAGAGUACUGUCGCGCAAGAUUUCCAACUCAGAAACUGCGCUUCUCCAAGAUCCUUUUGCGCUUGUCUGCUGUCCGUUCAAUCACGACGGAGACGCGUGACUACCUGGUGCAGCGCAAGUCCCAAGGGAACAUCAACAUUGACAGUUUUGUGCUAGAGAUGCUUGGUGAUACGUAGGAGCUAGCCGCUGCUCGUUUCGCUGACCUCAUCUUCAUGGUUGUGAGGUAUCAUGCUGUGUAAUCUACUAGACUGUCUGCCUUCCAUCGGUCAUGCCAUUGUGAUGUCAUUGUGCGUCGGGCCCUCUGCGGGCUCCUUGACGCUGUUUUUUCCGUUGUCUUGUUGCUAUCAACGCCAUUGUCACCUUCUGCAGGUAUAAUUCAUGCAGAAUGUGUGUGUGUUUGUUCUCCUGCUCCAGUGCUCUUUAUCCACGCGCAGCCAUACAUACAGCCAUACAUACAGCCAUACAUCCAUGCAGAUGCUGCUCUGCUAGGUGCCACUUCACAGGGCUCAAUGUGUCUCCUGUGCUAUUAUACACACAUCCGAUGUCCUUUGCAAAUGUGUUGGCAUUCGUAUAACAGGUGUCCUCCUUGAGCCAGGCUUGUUGAUAUCCUGCCAUGCGCACGCCUCUUUCUGCACGCCUAGCAGACUGGCAGGCUUGACUCUCAUGACAGCCUUUUUUUCAGCUCUUGAGUUUGUGUAUGUCUCUUUUUGUCUGACUUUUAAAAAUACUCCAGCCCAAUGCGCCCCUAAUGGCAGCUGUGGCGAACGCAUUCUUUUAUGUAUAGGUUUGUCUUAUCCAAUAUCCAAUACCCCAUGUUAUCAUUUAGAUUUCUCUCUCUUUCCCUCCCUCUCUCUCUUCCUCUUUCUCUCUCCCCCUGCCGGGACAGUGUGCAUGCUAAUGUGUUCUUUCCUUUUCCUGUCGACACCGCAGACUGCGGCAGAGUGCUCCUGCCCGCUGCGCGUGCUCUUUAGCAUUGCUGGCGGCAUGCCAUACUAGCUGGCCUGCCCUGGUGUCCUGCUGUGCAGCCGUGGCCGUUGACAUGACUGUUUGCUUUGCAUUAACACGUAACCUUCCAGUAUUUCUGCUUCGCCAAUCAGCUGCGCUCAAACUCUGUGUUUGCUGUCUUGUGCGCCGAUCAUCCGGUUCAUGGUGCUGUCUACUUGGCUGAGUAAUUCUCAUUGUGCUGUCAGCAUUUCACAGCUUUACUGGAUUUACAAAUUGCAAUUACAUCAGAUUCUGCUCUUGCUUGGUAUAGGCACCCCACACAUGGUUGAGGUGUGUCGUGUUGUGUAUUGCUUUCUCGCUGCCACCGCCACUGUCUUUACUAGUCCGACAACAGGUAGCAGCAACAUGUCCGCUGGUCGCUGGCGUCAUCAUUUGUCAUCUUCGCUCUGAUUUGUCAUUGCACUAUUUUGUCAGUUUCACACACACACACACACACACACACACACACACACACACACACGUGUUUGUGUAAAAAAAUUCUGCUCUAAUCUUCACCGUUUCUUUCCUCCCCCCUCGUUCUGCCUCUCUUCUGUCAUCGUUGUUUUUCUCUGCUCUUCUGUAUGGUUCAGCUUACCCCAGUCUCUAACCUUAUCCUCAUAGCCAACUCCCAGUGUGUGUGUGUGUGUGGUAUGUGUGGUAUGUGUGGUGUGUGUAGCUGUGAGCAUGUCCUGUAUAGUCCCAACUCUUCCAGUACUAGUAGUAAUCACUCCAGAUGAAAUACUGCGAAGUACAUUCACUCUCCGUAGUCCUUGCCCAUCCGUUUUCUACUCCUCUCCUGUACUUCAACUGCUUCCUCUCUGCUGUUUGUCUCUUGUUGGCGAUGCGCUUUGAGGCAGCAUCAGCUUACCUUCCGCUUCAUCCUGUAAUAAUGCCGAUGCUCGGCAUAUCCACUCGCAUGUGAACUUGACAAUCCUGUGUGUGUGCGUGUGCGUGUUUUCAAUUUUUUGUUUUAUUGUUCACCCUGAGAACGGGACAUGGCGGAGAAUGUGGCGAAGUUAAAAUGCGUUAGAGAG